AUGCACUCCACUCACUGCAGUCCCACGCCCAUCCCACCUAAGCGUGCAGCAUCACCUGGCCACUCCGUCACCUUCACAUCAGUUCCAGCGACCAACCUCACACACUGCAGUCCCACGCCCAUCCCACCUAAGUGUGCAGCAUCACCUGGCCACUCCGUCACCUUCACAUCAGUUCCAGCGACCAACCUCACACACUGCAGUCCCACCCCAUCCCAACCUAAGCGUGCAGCAUUACCUGGCCACUCCGUCACCUUCACAUCAGUUCCAGCGACCAACCUCACACACUGCAGUCCCACGCCCAUCCUACCUAAGUGUGCAGCAUCACCUGGCCACUCCGUCACCUUCACAUCAGUUCCAGCGACCAACCUCACACACUGCAGUCCCAUCCCAUCCCACCUAAGCGUGCAGCAUCACCUGGCCACUCCGUCACCUUCACAUCAGUUCCAGCGACCAACCUCACACUCUGCAGUCCCACGCCCAUCCCACCUAAGUGCAGCAUCACCUGGCCACUCCGUCACCUUCACAUCAGUUCCAGCGACCAACCUCACACACUGCAGUCCCACGCCCAUCCCACCUAAGCGUGCAGCAUCACCUGGCCACUCCGUCACCUUCACAUCAGUUCCAGCGACCAACCUCACACACUGCAGUCCCACGCCCAUCCCACCUAAGCGUGCAGCAUCACCUGGCCACUCCGUCACCUUCACAUCAGUUCCAGCGACCAACCUCACACACUGCAGUCCCACGCCCAUCCUACCUAAGCGUGCAGCAUCACCUGGCCACUCCGUCACCUUCACAUCAGUUCCAGCGACAAACCUCACACACUGCAGUCCCACGCCCAUCCCACCUAAGCGUGCAGCAUCACCUGGCCACUCCGUCACCUUCACAUCAGUUCCAGCGACCAACCUCACACACUGCAGUCCCACGCCCAUCCCACCUAAGUGUGCACUACCUGUCUACUCCUACUCCGUCAUCCUCACCCCACCUCCACCCCCACUCACUGCAGUCCCACCCCAUUCCACCCAUGUGUGCAACACCACCUGUCCACUCCGUCACCCUCACCCCACCCCAACUCACUGCAGUCACACGCCCAUCCCACCCAUGUGUGCAACACCACCUGUCCACUCCGUCACCCUCACCCCACCCCAACUCACUGCAGUCACACGCCCAUCCCACCCAAGUGUGCAACACCACCUGUCCACUCCGUCACCCUCACCCCACCCCAACUCACUGCAGUCACACGCCCAUCCCACCCAAGUGUGCAACACCACCUGUCCACUCCGUCACCCUCACCCCACCCCAACUCACUGCAGUCACACGCCCAUCCCACCCAAGUGUGCAACACCACCUGUCCACUUCGUCACCCUCACCCCCACCCUCACCCCACUCACUGCAGUUCCACUCCCAUCCCACAUAAGCGUCCAUCACCAGCUGUCCACCUAA